UUACCAACGGUUCGGUUCGGUGCGGUUUGAUUUCCUCCCCAAUGCGGUGUCUUCUUUGGCUAUUGUCCUUGUGGAUUUCGGGACUUUUUUGGCCGAAAAGUCAUGGCCAGCUGAUACGCAUUCCAAUGCAAUUCCAGGCCUCAUUCAUGGCCAGUCGUCGGCAACAGAGUGCGGGUAGAAGGUCCCUCUUGGCCAAGUACAAUGUGAUUGGUGGGCCGGAUGUAGCUUCGAGGAAUAGUGGAGCUACGGAAACGUUAGAUAACCGUCUGAAUCUGGAGUACGCCGGUCCUGUCAGUAUUGGCACUCCGGGCCAGCCCUUCAAUAUGCUAUUUGAUACUGGGUCGGCUAAUCUUUGGGUUCCCAGUGCCGAAUGCUCGGCCAAGAAUUUGGCCUGCCAACGACACCAUCGCUAUAACUCCAGUGCCUCAGCGAGCUUCGUUCCGGAUGGCAGGAGAUUUGCCAUAGCCUACGGCACUGGGAGCUUGUCCGGAAGACUGGCCAAGGAUACAGUGUCGAUUGGACAGUUGGCAGUGCAAAAUCAAACCUUUGGAAUGGCCGUCCAUGAGUCGAGGGACACUUUUACUGACACAAACUUUGCAGGCAUUGUCGGACUGGGUUUCCGGUCUAUCGCUGAGGAAAAGAUAACGCCACUUUUUGAGAAUAUGUGUGAUCAACACUUGGUGGAUAACUGUCUCUUCUCGUUUUAUCUCAAGCGGAAUGGUAGCGAAAGAAAAGGCGGCGAGCUUCUUUUUGGCGGUGUGGAUGCCACUAAAUUCUCCGGUUCUUUGACCUACGUGCCCUUAACUCAUGCAGGUUAUUGGCAAUUCCAAAUGGAUGGCGUCGAAAUCGGAGGCACGGUUAUCAGUCGACAUCGCCAAGCCAUUGCGGAUACGGGGACUUCUUUAUUGGCAGCUCCUCCCAGGGAAUAUCUGAUCAUCAACAGUCUGCUCGGCGGAUUACCUACUACGAAUAAUGAAUAUCUUUUAAACUGUUCUGGACUUGAUAAGCUACCCGAGAUUGUUUUUAUUAUUGGUGGGCAACGGUUUGGAUUACAGCCCAGGGAUUACGUUAUGCAGGCCACGGACGACGAUGGUACUUCCGUGUGCUUAUCCGCUUUUACACUAAUGGAUGCAGAGUUUUGGAUUUUGGGCGAUGUCUUUAUAGGAAGGUAUUAUACCGCUUUUGAUGUCGGCCAACGCCAAAUAGGUUUUGCUCCCGCAGCUUAGGCAUUUCAUUUAGUAUUGUAAUAGGUUAACAUCUGUUCUACUUGCAAAACUCAACUUGGACUUAAAGUGAGAGCACAGUGAGCUUCAGUAAAUUGGCCACGGAGAGAAAAUUGUUAAAAACCUGUUUGUGAAAAAACAGCUGACCAGCUCACGUUCAGGUUCGACGAGCCCAUCAAAUGAAACA